CACUCCUACCUCUCAGUCCUCGUCCCUGCUAGACCACUGCACGACAUGAGUGAAGUGAAUGGGAAGGUAAAGGCGGGCGGGAAGCUGGACGUGGAAGAUGAGGAGGCGAGGCAGGCUAGGAUUGAGGAGCUGUUGCAGAAAGUAAAUGCCUCGUCUGGGUCUAGUACUUCCAGGCCGGGUGUUAGCGGGCUGCUGAGCGGUCCUGGUGAACGACCGCACGCCGUCGAGCCACCGAGCGAGCUACUGUCCCGUGUACAGGCAUUCCUUCCCGAACUCGCGGCGUCGAACGCGGAGCUCGAGACGCGUGCUCGCGAGGACCCCGGCAGCGUGGACAUCGAGAAUGUGAACCCCGAAGCGGGACAGUAUAUCGAGAUGAACCUCGGCCUGGGCGUAUUUGAGCAACGUCGUUCCCGCCGCCCUUCCUCAUCGUCAUCCUCCUCCUUAUCCUCCCUCUCAUCCUCCUCCAACUCCACUUCAGACCCGGGCGAGUCCUCGUCGGAUUCUGACCAAGAUGAGGAGGACGAAGGCGAGGACGAGGAGUCAGACGCAGACGCGUGCUCAGAGGACGGCGUAUCGACGGGGCGCAUACCGGCGCGACCGCGGCCGACCAGGCCGCUGCCUCGGCGGGCAAGGAUUGUUGAGCUUGGGGCGCAAAGAGCAAGCUCGUUGCCGCCGCAAUGAUAAGGGAAGGCAUCCGCCAUGCUGGGCACCAUGAAUUUAUAGCGACAAGCCGGCGCAAGAUGUUGGGCGGGCAAGGGUGACAUUGACAAGCUGACAUGGGCAUGGAGCGUCUUUUGGGUUUUUGUAGAGUCUGUCUGCGUUAUUAAUCACCGGUGCUAGUUGUGCCGGUUGAAAGGGUAUGGAUGCGAUAUGGCAGAACGCCAUAAGUGAUGCAUGUUGCUGCCACACCAGUAGAGCGUUGGAUAACUACUCGGGACCGGCGUAGGUCCUUGGCGUUUAUCAUUCAUAGUUUCCAUACCCCGGGCGUCUCGUUCAAUCCCUGAACGUUGUUCUCGUACUCGGCGGUAUCCAAUUCGAUCAACGGCAGUCAAACCGCUCAAGGCACGAAAACCUUAUGUAC